UAAGAAAACUUCCCAAAUUGAUGGUUUUUAUUUGGCAGCAAACCUACCCACUCAUGCCCAGCAGCGGGAAUACCCAGCUGCGGGUCUUUAGCGGCAUACCCGACUGCUCGUACCGCUUCAGCACCAAUCUGGGGGCGCGCGAAAGCUUCACGCUGCAGGGCCUGGACCUGUACUACUCGGGCAGCCUGGCCACCAGCAACGGCACCUUCACGCUCACCUACACCAUCGAGAGUCUCACCACAGGCUGCGUUGAGCUGCAGGAUGGCACACAGGAGCUGUACGAGGCAACGGCACACACGCUCUUUCUGCGGCCGGCGCACGCCAUCACCAAGCACUGGUACGCGGACGAUGUGCAAAAGUCCAACCGAUCGCAGUCCUUUGUAAGGACGCUGGCCAAUUUGCUGGCCACCACGCGGGUGGUGUGGACCGAAACGAGCAGUGGCGACGUCGUCCUGGACAUGCCCGCCCGCAACCAUGACCUCUACGAGCUGGUUACCGGACACUACGACGUCCAGGUGGGCGACCAUCCGUUGACCGAUGUCAGCCUGCGGGCCGGUGGCGUAUACGCACUGGUCGUGGCCCAGAGCCGGGAUGGCUUCGUUUCGCGCCUGUUUGAGGUGACGCCACCCAACUCGAUGAGCAUGCUCUGGCUGAUACCGCAGUAUGUGGUCAUGACCCUCGGCGAGGUGAUGUUCUCGGUCACUGGUUUGGAGUUCUCCUACUCCCAGUCGCCGCCCAGCAUGAAGUCCGUGCUGCAGGCCUGCUGGCUGCUGACCGUCGCCUUUGGCAAUGUCAUCGUUGUGGUUGUGGCGGAGCUGAAGAUCUUCGAUUCGCAGGCCAGCGAGUUCUUCCUCUUCGCGGGCCUCAUGUUCGUCGACAUGCUCGUCUUUAUGGCGAUUGCCUACUUUUAUAUACCCUACGACGAGCGGGAGGCGGUACUGUUAUAAUUUUACAAAGUUAAUCAAGUAGUUGCCAUCCGUAUAAUAUUCGUACUAAAAACGGACAUUUAAAUAAAUGCAUAUCUAUAUAUCUACAU